CUUGUUGCAUUUCAAUUAGCAUGCCCCUGCAGUCUCAACCAUCUUUAUUCACAAGCAGAACAAUGGCACCGCGUUUUCUGCAAUGUUUCUUGCUAGUUUUAGUGGUUUUUCUCGAUGAUUUUAGUGUCAGCUUGCAUGCAAGCCAAGACCCUCCUUUAAAGUUGGAUUAUUAUGAAUCAACUUGUCCAUCAGUUCUUGAGAUUGUGAGGAAAGAAAUGGAGUGCGCUGUGCUUUCUGAUCCGCGCAAUGCAGCUUUGAUUCUGCGUUUACAUUUCCAUGAUUGUUUUGUUCAGGGGUGUGAUGGGUCAGUUUUGCUGGAUGAUACGUACACGCUUAAAGGAGAAAAGAAAGCUUCCAUUAAUGACCAUGCAUUGAAGGGCUUUAACAUCAUUGACAGGAUCAAGAAUAAGCUUGAAUCAGAGUGCCCUGGAACAGUCUCUUGUGCCGAUAUUCUCACUGUAGCUGCGCGAGAUGCAACUAUUCUGGUUGGUGGACCUUACUGGGAUGUACCUCUAGGCAGAAAAGACUCUAAGACUGCAGGCUAUGAACUUGCAACAUCAAAUUUACCUGGAGCAAAUGAAGGCCUUCUGUCUAUGAUUUCUAAGUUCUUGUAUCAAGGACUUUCGGUCACUGAUUUAGUAGCUCUUUCAGGUGCACAUACAAUAGGCAUGGCGCGUUGUGUGAACUUCAGGGACAGGAUUUACGGAGACUAUGAAACAACCUCUGGAAUGAGUCCGGUGUCAGACUCAAAUCUUAACAACUUAAGAACUAUAUGUCCAGCAACAGGGGGAGAAGACAACAAAGAAUCAGCCAUGGACAGUGUAACUCCUAAUCUUUUCGACAAUUCUUUCUACCAUUUACUAUUAAAAGGACAGGGACUACUCAACUCGGAUCAAGAACUUUAUUCCAGCAUCUGGGGGAUCGAAACCAAAAAGCUUGUACAGAAAUAUGCUGAAAACCCUGUUGCUUUCUUUGAACAAUUCUCUGAGUCAAUGGUGAAGAUGGGAAACAUCACAAAUGAUCAAAGUUUUGUGGAUGGGGAAGUCAGGAAAAACUGCAGAUUUGUGAACACAUAGAUACUAAUUCUCAUACUACUAAAAUUGUACUAAAAUAUUUGUUUUUCAAGUGCAGAAGUGAAAUCACAGGAAUUGUGUAACCAAUACGUUAUAUUUUCGAGUUUGAAAAUUAAAGCUGGCAUGAUCAUAUUGGUUAGUCAGUAAUAGACAUUAUACAAUUAUAUUAAUUUUGUGUUUGUUAGAUA